AACGACUUCAUGGUACAGCGCUGGAGGAGAGCGUACUCACGCACAGUGACGUCAUUACGUAAACACGCGCUGUGUCUUUCAGGAAGAGGUUUGAAUGGGACCUGCAUCCAUGAGUGUGCUCUUGCUGGAGGCGUUCUAUGGUGGUUCCCACAAACAGCUGGUUGAUCUUCUCAAGGAAAGUGUUGAAGACUGUGUAAGCUUCACUCUGCCUGCAAAGAAAUGGCACUGGAGGGCCAGAACGUCUGCUCUGUACUUCAUGCAGGCAGUUCCAGCAAGUUCCUCGUACAGGGUUUUGUUUACCAGCUCCGUUCUCAGUCUUGCUGAACUUGUAGCCCUGCGGCCUGAUCUCACCCAUCUUAAGAAGGUCCUCUACUUCCAUGAGAACCAGUUGGUUUAUCCAGUUCGCAAGAGCCAAGAAAGAGACUUCCAAUAUGGCUACAACCAGAUCCUCUCAUGCCUGGUUGCGGAUGUGGUGGCGUUCAACUCUUCAUUCAACAUGGAGUCCUUCCUCUCCUCCAUCUCCACCUUCAUGAAGACCAUGCCUGACCAUCGGCCCAAAGAUCUGGACCAGCUCAUCCGGCCCAAGUGCUGCGUCCUCCACUUCCCAAUUCACUUUCCCGAUGUCACAAGAGGCCUUGAUUAUCGCCGUACUCCCUCAGAGUCGGUGGCCACCAGUGGUCAGAAAGUCAUCACUUGGCACCCGAGCUCCAAAUCCUCAUGCGCCUUGCUACUCAUCCCGUAG